AGUACGUUUUGAAAGAAAUUAAAAGUUUAUAGUUUAGUUUUUUUAAGUGUUAUUUUUUUGAAACCUAGUCGGACUAAGUCAAGAAUAUGUCACGAAAGAGGAAAUAUGAUGAUAGUUAUAUUAAAUAUGGAUUCACUGAAAUUGAAGUAAAUCGAGAAAUAAGACCUCAAUGUGUGAUAUGUACUGUUGUGCUUAGUAACGAUGCUUUGAAACCAGCAAAGCUACUGCGGCAUUUGCAUACGAUUCAUCCUACGCUCAAAGACCAACCACCCGAAUUUUUUGAAGGAAAAUGUAAAAGCUUAAAGAAAAUGAAACUAGGACCAAGUGGGGCAAAUGUCGCAUUGUCACAGCAAGUGCUAACUGCAUCAUUUGAAAUCUCCCAACUAAUCAGUAAGUCAAAAAAAGCACACAGUAUCGGCGAAACAUUAAUUAAGCCUAGCUUGCUAAUAGCUGCAAACAUUUUCGGAGAAGAUGCCAAGAAAAAAAUUCAAAAUAUGCCACUGUCCAAUAAUACAGUAAAGGCACGAAUUGGAAAAAUGUCAUGCGAUAUCGAAGAGCAACUACUAGGUAAAAUAAAAAGUUCCCCUUACUUCGCUCUUCAAUGUGAUGAAACUACUGACAUUGCGCAAUGUUGCCAGUUAUUAGUUUUUGUGCGGUUUUUAGACGUUGAGGAUAAGACCAUAAAAGAAGAGUUAUUGCUGUCAAGUGUACUUGAGACAACGUCGAAAGGGAUCGAUGUAAUGCAGAUCAUUAGUAAUUAUUUUGAAAAUCAUGAUCUCAAGUGGGAGAAACUAGUUGGCUUUUGUACGGACGGAGCUCCAGCUAUGCUAGGAUGUCGUUCAGGUCUUGCAACAUUAGUGAAAGAAAAAAAUCCGUCAACUUUAACAACACACUGCGUCAUUCAUCGGCAAGCGUUAGCUACAAAAACAUUACCAGAAGAAUUAGCUAAUGUUUUGAAACUGGCAAUAAAGUUAGUGAAUUUUGUAAAAAGCAAAGCACUUAACACACGUAUUUUCAAAAAACUUUGUGUUGAAUUGGACUCCGAAUACGACACAUUACUUUUUCAUACAGAGGUUCGCUGGCUUUCAAAAGAGAAUAUGCUAAAACGGUUGUAUGAACUAAAAGAGGAAAUGAAAAUAUUUUUAAACGAGAAGGAUUCAGAGUUACUUGAAAAAUUUUGUGAUUUGAAAUUUGAAUUACAAUUUGCUUAUUUAGUAGAUAUUUUUGAGCACUUAAAUAACCUUAAUUUGCAACUUCAAGGUUCGGGACACAAAACCUUGGAAUUUAGAGCAAAUAUUUUUAUUUUUGAAGAUAAAAUUCGCGCAUUUGUAUGCAAAAUUAAUCUAUGGAUGAAUAAAAUCGAGAAUAAUAAUUAUUCAGCAUUUCAGACAUUCCAAACUCUUAUUAACGACGAUCAAUAUGCUGAUAUUUUAAUCGAAAUUCAACAUAACAUAAAAAAACAUCUGGAAAAAUUAAAAUCUGAAUUUAUUCGCUACUUUCCGGAAUGGAACGAAGUUAACAGUGUUCAAAAAAUAAUUCGAAACCCUUUUUGUGCAAAAGUUGAAGAAGCCCCAGAAUAUCUUCAAGAAGCUGUCAUCGAACUGCAAAAUGACUCUGACUGCAAAAAUAUGUUUGAUUCUGGUAUGAACCUUGAGGAAUUUUGGUGCAGAAGGGCAACAUUACAUAUUCAACUACGGGAAAUUGCCUUACGUUAUUUAGUAGUAUUUUCAACUACGUAUUUGUGUGAACAAGGAUUUUCCAAUCUACUUGUGAUCAAAAAUAAACAGAGAAAUCGCUUGGACGUAAGUGACGACAUGCGUUUAGCCAUUAGCAACAUUCAUCCGAGAAUUGAAAAACUGGUCAAAGAAAUGCAGCCACAAAAAUCACACUAA